CAUUACAAGUCACCCAAACCUAUGCAUAUUACAUGUUUGACUAUUGGAUCCCGGGGUGAUGUUCAGCCCUAUAUUGCAUUGUGCAAACAAUUGAUGCUAGACGGUCACAAGUGUUGUAUCGCAUCUCACGAAGAAUACAAGGGUUGGGUAGAGGGACAUGGUAUUGAAUUCCGAUCAAUUGGAGGCGAUCCAGGUGAACUGAUGAAAUUAUGUAUUGAUAACAACUUCUUGUCGGUUGCUUUUAUACGGGAAGGACUUUCUUUUUUCUAUGGCUGGUUUGAGAUUCUAUUAGAAACUGCUUGGGAGGCUUGCCAGGGAACAGACCUUUUGAUCGAAAGUCCGAGCGUAAUGGUUGGCAUUCAUUUUGCCGAAAAACUAGGAAUACCCUAUUUUAGGUCAAUGCCUUUUCCGUGGUCUCAGACAACUCGCUUCCCACACCCAUUUGCUGUCCAAACUACUGCAGUCGGUCGAAUUUACAAUGACAUGACUUACUCUGUCAUUGAAAUGGCAUUGUGGGCUGGCACUCAAAGAUACAUCAACCGCUUUAGACGUACCAAACUAAAGCUACAAUCUACAACCCUUGAUCGGCUUGCUCUCUGGCGUGUUCCACAUAUAUACUCCUUCAGUUCAACAAUCGUAUCUCCUCCUAGAGAUUGGCCAGAUUAUGUUCAUGUCACAGGUUAUUGGUUUCUCGACAAUCCGUACCAAUCCUGGAAGCCUGAUGAGGCUCUUGUAGCCUUUCUCAAAAAAGAAGAUCAACGCCCUAUAGUCUAUAUUGGCUUUGGAUCCAUCAUUGUUCCAGACCCUGAAGCCCUUAGUAAAACUCUUAUUGAAGCUGUUAUUGAAGCCGAUGUCAGAGCCAUCAUUAGUAAGGGCUGGUCUGCUCGUUCCAAGGGUGAGACAUUAAAUGAGGCUUCUGGUGAGGUUGAUAAAUCCAAUGAUAUAUUGAACGAGUACCCCGGCACAAUAUUUAAUGUAUCAUCAGUUCCUCACGAUUGGCUGUUCCCUCAAAUCCAGGGUGUUGUUCACCACGGAGGAGCAGGUACAACUGCGGCUGGAUUAAGAGCUGGUCUCCCGACAGUUAUUAAGCCAUUCUUUGGAGAUCAACGUUUUUGGGGACAGCGUGUAGAAGAACUCGGAAUUGGUGUCUGUAUAUCAAAGUUAACGAUCAACAAAUUAUCCGAUGCUUUGGUGAGCAUCACUAGCUCUUCUAGUAUGAUAGCUAGAGCAAAGUCUAUUGGAGAAACCAUUCGAGCGGAAAAUGGUGUAAAGACAGCUGUAGAAUGCAUAUAUCGUGAGAUUGGCUUGGCGAAA